CACCUUUUUAAUGUUGAUAUAAUUAGUUUUAAAUUCAGAUAUAAUCAUAUAAUGAGAUUGCAUCCUCUUAACUGAAUUUCCCGCCAAAAAACUCAACGUCUCCGUAAUCUUGAUUUCACAACUAAUCCAGAUUCAGUAUUUCUCUAAAUUUCCGCCAUUAAUGGCGUCAAUCAUCAUCCUCUGCUUCACAUUCAUCAUCAUCUUCUCUCUAAUUUCAGGCAACUUAUCUCAAAGUCCGACGUACAUGACGUUCGUCGUCAACGCAACGGAGCUUCCACCGGAGGAAUCGUUUGACUACAUCAUCGUCGGCGGCGGCACCGCCGGCUGCCCCCUGGCGGCGACGUUAUCAGCAAACUACCGUGUCUUACUUCUCGAAAGAGGCGGUGUUCCGAUCGAAAACCCUAGCGUCAUGACAGAAGAAGGUUUCACCACCACACUCCGUCAAAUCGACUCUCAUCACUCUCCGGCGGAAGCCUUCACUUCCGAUGAUGGCGUUCCGAACGCUCGCGGCCGCGUUCUCGGCGGCAGCAGCGCCAUCAACGCCGGAUUCUACAGCCGAGCCGAUGACGAAUUCUACAGCCGUUCCGGCAUCGAUUGGGAUCUAGAUCUGAUUGAACAGUCGUAUCAGUGGAUCGAAAACCUAAUCGUGUUUCAACCGGAGUUACAGCCGUGGCAACUUGCGUUUCGUGACGGAUUGUUACAAUCUGGUGUACGGCCGUUUAACGGUUACACUUUACAACACAGUUACGGCACUAAAAUCGGCGGAUCUACGUUCAACAGCUCUGGCCACCGCUUCAGCGCUGCAGAUCUGUUAAACGAAGCUAUAGAAACCAAUAUCAAAGUCGCUGUUUACGCAACUGUUGAAAGGAUCUUAUUCAGCGGUUCCGAAAACCCUAAUUCUAUGAAAAACGCGAUCGGCGUUGUGGUUAGAGAUACCGACGGCGGUUAUCACUAUGCGACGGUGAGAAACGGCGGAGAAGUUAUUAUCUCCGCCGGUGCAAUCGGCAGUCCACAUCUGCUGUUGUUGAGUGGAAUUGGUCAAUGGUCGUACCUUUCGGGUUGGGGGAUUCCGGUGGUGCUACAUUCGCCAUUUGUAGGGCAGUUUUUGUAUGAUAAUCCGCGUAACGGAAUAUCAUUUCUGUCACCGACGUUACUGCAUCAUUCUCUCAUACAGGUGGUGGGCAUAACUGAUUCCGGUGCUUAUUUGGAAGCGUCGUCUAGUGUGCGCCCUUAUCAUUCACCUGUGCACAGGAGUCACAGGCGAUCGCACUCGUCUACGAUGUAUUUCAGUGUGGCGAGCAUUAUGGAGAAGAUAAUCGGGCCGUUGUCUGCCGGUUCGCUUCGGUUGGCUUCCACUGAUAUUGUAACAAAUCCAGUUGUGAGGUUUAACUACUUUAGUAAUCCAGUGGAUUUGAAGAGGUGUGUGAAUGGUACGCGUAAGAUUGGAGAAUUGCUUAGGAGUCGCGCUAUGGCUGGGUUUAGGUUCUGGAAUCGGCAUCAUCGUUCAGCGUUUAGGUUCUUGGGCGUUAGAUUGCCUGCGAACCAGUCGAGUGAUGAGGCGAUGGGUGAGUUUUGCAGGCGGACAGUGAACACGAUAUGGCAUUAUCAUGGUGGAUGUUUAGUGGGGGCAGUGGUGGAUGCGGAUUUGAAGGUGAUGGGUGUUGGUUCUCUUCGAGUGAUCGAUGGUUCUACGUUCACGAUUUCACCUGGGACCAAUCCACAGGCUACUGUUUUGAUGCUUGGCAGGCAUAUGGGUUUGAAGAUUUUGAGAGAGAGGUUGCAAAGGACAAGUGCUUGAAUGAUAUCAGCCUGAUGUUAAAAUUUUGGGUUGAGGUUCAUGAUUCAAAGUUUAAUCUGCAGCAAAUGUUGUAUGUUGUUGGAAAUAACAGUUUACAGUCUUCUUUGCGGCCAUAUUUGGUUGAAUUUAGUAUAUAUUUGCUUUUCUUUUUAUGCUAUUUUGACCAACUUCUUUGUAACUGCAUUCAAAUUGUGCCUCUGGUUAUCAAUAAUAGAUUUGUAGCCUCAAUAAAGAA